CUUCAUAACAACAAUUAUUUUGAUCAGUUAUUGUGCUUGUUACAGAUGCAUGCUGGGUGGAGACAGAUGACGACGACAGGAGACAUUCCACCCUGGAAACUGGAACAACCUGUUUUCAUGUUUCAGUAUGCUGCUGGUGUGUAAGAUGGACCUGCUUUCUUCGGGACUGUUGUUUUAUUUAUAGAAAAAUAAGACUCCAGCGAGGGGCAAUUGAGGAUAAACUUCCAGCCUUUUUAAAGGUUUGACAUGAUUUAUUGACACUAUGACCAACUUCCUAGCCUGCAUUUUCACAUUGCUCCAGAUCUGUGUGAUGCCAUCCCUAGCAAUUAUUUUUCCUCCAAAGAACCUGACUGUGGGAUUAUUGGAUUUUAAGGCUACAGCAGAAUGGCUUCCUGGGAAAGGAAAUCCUCCUGACAGCAGAUAUACCUUGGAGUUUAUAACUGCACAAGAAAUGUCUGGACGAAAGUGGAAUCGCUCUCCAAACUGCACUAACAUAAAAAUACUGAAAUGUGAACUGACCUUCAAUAUGCAAGCUGAGCUUCACUGGAAUUAUUUUGUGAGGGUCAAGACUACAUUUAAAAAUAUGAGCUCCAACUGGACAACUAUUUCAAAGUCUUUCCAGCCAUAUGGAGACACACGCCUGAGUUCCCCAGAUGUAAAAAUCUCAACUGAACAAAAGUCCAUUAAAAUUGAUUUUAGUCAUUGGCUGGAAUUAAAACCAGAGCUCAAACCACUGGAAUACCUGCUAUACCUUUUAGAGAACAGUCCUGCAGGGGAAUCAACGUUUUUAGCACUGAUAUCAACCUCAGAAUCUCCCUUCAUAUUCCAUGAUGUGUCAUCCGGCAAGAACUACUGUGUUAGUGUUUCUGCCAGUCAUCAACAAGUCUUAAAGUACAACAACUUCAACACCACCAAAUGUAUAUUUGUAUUAGAUUCUACUAGAAGCUUUAGGCCAAUGGUGUGGAUUGUGGCUACACUGCUAAUUAUUUCAGCUGGGAUUUUGUUUUCUUUUGGUUAUUUUUACCACAUGAGGCAUAAAAACAAGAAUCCCCACAUUCCAAAACCUUUGGUUGUUUUUCCAGGAUAUAAAUGGGUCCUAAAACUGAUCCCUGAGGAAUACCAAAAAGUUACAGUGACCCCGCCAAAAACAGUAAAGAACACAGACGGCUAUCUGUUCUAUGAACCAACAUCCUUCACCAAUGUUACCCCUCCAGAGCAAGCUCAAAUCAGAUCAAAUCAGUGUUAUAAAAACACACUAACUGAUGAUUUGGAGGAUAGUGAAGAUGUUGAAAAUGUAAUAUCUGAAGAGCAUGAGGAAAAUAUACAUCCAGGUAGCGAAUCUGAAUCUGGAUCUUCCAGUACUUGUACUUUAAACUAUUUGAGAUCAUCCAAAAUACUACAAACUGUUAUUAUGAACACGUUUGUAAACCUAGAUAUGAUUAGAUAUUAUGCAGAAGAAACUAUUUCCUGUUCUUCUGGCAAUGGCUGUGAAAGAGAAGUGCCUGCUGAGGAGGAGGUUGACUUCUCACCUGAUUUCUCCUCAGACAGUGGCUAUGAACCAAGAUAAAAGUAUUUAUGAACUUCCAAAGCUCUACUAUCUAAACUAUGAAGGCUCUUAAAGAGGAGAUACAUAUCCUGAACCUACUUUGAAAGGUGGAGUCUGCAAGCAAAUUCAAGCAAAAAGUAUCCACCUUUCACUUGAGCCAUGCAAAAUGGUGUUAAAUUUGGUGAUGCUGAAGAUUAGAACAUCCGUAACAUCAAGGAAUAACACUUGAGAAGGUUCUGGUAUAGAAACCUAAUCUGGGUUGGUUAUACCUGGAGAGAACUAUCUGUUAACAUACCCAUUCAUCUUAAAAGCACUUAUAGUUUUCUCCCGCAUAAGGAACUCUUGGAUCUUCAAGAUAUUAUGCUCUUUACACAAAAAUCUGACUCUAAGACUGACUUCUGUAUGGUAGAAUAUAAGGAACUUUGGACCUAAACAUUGAUGGUUAUUGGCCAUCUUGUUGCUGAGUGCCCAGUUGAGGUACUAUAAGCAGGUAAUGUUGAACACAUUUUGAACUAUGGAAGGUGCGCCUACUUCAGGAAUAAGUUUGAGCUGCACAUUCUGUCACUGUGAUGCAUCUUAAUGGCAAUAAAUGGCCAUUCAGACAUUUUGAUGAUGGACUCCAGGUGCUACAUGAAGUAAAUUAAGAUGCAGUGCAAUACCUGAUUGACCUGAAAUAUUGGACAGUUGAAAUUUUAUUCUAUUGUAUUCGAAAGUGUGUUCAGAUUUCUGUAAAAAUCUGUUUUAAAAAAUUGACUAAUGGAAUAUAUAUUUUUUAACAUCCUCUCUUUUGACAAAUUUCACAGUAUAAUGCAGUUCCCACAGUUCUUUUCAUAGAAUUCUUGUCUUAGUUUUUUAACAGAUUCAAUUAAUUUUUGUUCUGAAUUAUUACAGUAUUUGUAAAAGGAAUAUUUAGACAUCUAAAAGUUAUAAUUACUACUGGCACACUUGCACAAAAGAUAUAAAUAAUCUACAUGUAUCUUUCACGAAACAUCAGUUUUACUGUCCCGGUUAUAUUUUCACGUCUUAUCCUACCAUUUGUAUGUGAAUGUGUUUGUACUUGUUUUCUAUAAGGCACUUUCUAAACAUUUUCUAUUUUAAAAUGGUGCUACAAUAUCUAGUAAAAUGUUAUUAUUAUUAUCCUGGGUUAUAUGUAUAUUGGGGCACAAGUCUGUAUUGUCAUUUAAAAAUAUGACAGCCUGAGAGUGAG